GCGGGCCUUUAUGGGAGGCUCGAAGGCGGCGUUGCCAAGCAACGCGAAGCUGGCAGGAGGCGGGCACUGAGAAGCGGGAGAGAGAGUGAGUGAGUGAGUGCGCGCGGGAGGGCGCAGUUCGCCAUGGGAACCGGUGGUCAAUUCAAAAGAAAGGGUUUGAAAGAAAGAAAUGGAGCUGACCAGUGAGCCUCUGCCUCAAGAAAGUAGAAGCGAGACCAUUCUCCAAACCAUCUCAAAGCUCCAGACUUCUGAAUCGGGAGAGUUCAAACCUGACCCAGAGAUUUACAGUCACGAGUAUCUGCUUACAAGGGCUGAAUUGUUACUGGAAAAGCGGAUUAAAAAUGGAGAUCCUUUGGCCUCUUUUCUCAAAGGGCAGAUGUAUUUUGAAGAGGGAUGGUAUGAAGAGGCACUGCAGCAGUUUGAACAAAACACAGAUUUUCAGUCCAUGUAUCAACUCGGCGUAAUGUACUAUGAUGGACUGGGGACCCCACCAGAUCCUCAAAAGGGAAUUGAAUAUAUGGAGAAGAUUAUCAACUCCGGUUCCCCAAAAGCAAGGCAUUUAAAGUUUGCCGCUGCCUACAACCUUGGAAGAGCUUGCUAUGAAGGAUGUGGAAUUGAGAUUUCAGAGAAAGAUGCUGAACGUUUAUGGUUUAUUGCUGCAGACCACGGGAAUCCAAAAGCAAGUGUAAAGGCUCAAACAGCCCUUGGGAUGCUGUAUUCAGCAAAGCAUCGAAAGGAUCUGAAAAAGGCCUUCUUUUGGCAUUCAGAAGCUUGUGGGAAUGGGAGCCUGGAAUCUCAGGGCAUCCUUGGUCUUAUGUAUUUUUAUGGGCACGGUGUACGUCCAAAUUUAAAAGCUGCUCUGGAGUGCCUGACUGCAGCCUCAGAUCGUGGGAAUGUCUAUGCUAAAGGUCACUUGGUGGAAUAUUACUACAAAAGGAAAUUUUUUACAAAAGCAGCUGAGUUUGCCAAAAGGACUGCAGAAAAUGAUGACGUUGAAAAGUUAGCAAAGGCCACAGACUGCAUUCCUUUUUAUAUAAAGAGAGGGCUUGCUAUGGCUUCCUUCUACCUGGCAAGAUGUCUCCAGUUUGGCCUAGGAACACAACAAGAUUUAGCAGCAGCUAAAAAUUAUUAUUCUAAGGCAUGCAGGCUGGAUCCCGAUCUAGCUACUGAACUUGAGCUACUGGCUAAUCAUGGGAGAAUUUAGAGCAUCAUUUUGAUGAAUCUGAGCAAGUUCCGGCAGUUUGUCUUGAUAAUGACAAAUGUCAGCUGUCGUUCAGCUUUUGAUAAAUCAUGGUUAUUAUUUCAAGCAUUUUAGGUACAUAAUGUUCUGAUUAUCUUCAUCUAAAAGCAAAGCAUUGUAUGAGUUA